AGUAUUGUAAUUUCAUGGGAAGUUGUCAACAACUGGUUGGGGAGGAAGUAAAGUGUCAUUUGGACCUUCGUGAGUUUGUCGAGCAUGUUAGGACAAAAACUGUUUUCACAUUUUUAAUCUUGCGUUGGAUUUUAUCACAGUUAAACCGGAUUGACCUUUUAGUCAGUAAAACAACAUGGGCGACGAAGUAAUUGAGAUGAGCUAAUGUUAGCUAACUGAAUUUCUUUCAGUCAGUUGAGAUAGUCAGAAGUUGGAGCUAGCCUCUCCGCAGCUAUCGUCCGUACAGUGAAGAUAGACUAUUAUUUAGUGUGUCCGAGAGCCUGCGGUUUGUUGUGACCGGGGAGUCAAUACAUCACGUCAGCCGAGCCGCUUUGAGACGUUUCCUUGUUUUGGACGGAAGCGGCUGUCGAGAGAUCAAACCAUGGAUCCUUUUGACAACCACAGCGCAGGUAAGAGAGAGAGAGAGAGGGAGAGAGAGAGCAGGAUUAUAACCACAGAUAGAUGAAGAGAAAGCUAACAGGCCAGCUAAGAACUAACGGGACAAGAGCAGCGGCGAGCUCACCCAGAGUGACAUUCACCCGAGGACAUGUGUUCAGAGGGGUGGGCUUGACUUUUAACAAGCGAAGCGAAGGUCCAGCAGGAACUUUAGUGGUUUCUGUUUUACUGUUGAGGUACUCUCAGUAUCAGAUCACUUCACUGUCCUGCAACAAGACGAUUACAUUUCCUGCACAAAACUGAGACCCCACUCAAAGCCCAGAAUCAUCUGCUGAGAAUCUUGUUUAUUCAUAGAUUUUAAUUGAAUAGUGUAUAGGGGAGAGUGGGGUAAGAUGAGCCAUUUUUCAUAUUACAGAUCACUACAUCAAGGCAGUCAUAUUUUUGUAUCUAACUAGUGUAUCUGUGUAUAUAUCAAGAUGUUGUACAUCCCUGCAAACCAACAGAAUGGUACACUAAUUCUUUUUAUUAUAAUUUCAUAUAACUGCUAAAAAGCUGUUUUGUAAAAAGCCAUUUUAACAUGAGAAUGCUUUUAAGUGAUUCAGAACAUUCACAGCUGUGUUUUUGAAAAGAAAAAGUAACACAUCUCAACAAUCUGAACUGAAACUCUGAUCCUCUCAUCAGACUCCUUUACUUUCUCGGUUGAACCACUGGCUCAACUCCCCCCAGAACUACUAUGAUGACUUUAUUAGUCCUUUAAGCUAAAAUGGGGGACUUUCAUGUUAGGUUUUUGAUCUGAUGUUGUAGCUCCUAGAUACCACAAUUGAUGUAUAAAACAAAUUUAAAAUGAUCUUUUUUGGUCUGAACACAAUUCUAAUAAAACUUAUGACAGACUGAAUUCACUUUCAAGAGUGCAAAAUGUUUUUUUUUUUUUGGAAAUAAAUGUCUAACCCCUUCACCCAUGUGCCUCUAACCUUCAAAGCUCAAUGAAUUGAUGUCCAUCUCCUAAAUAUUUGGUCACAUGAUCAUUUCCUUUUACCAUUUCCAAGCAACAGGGGGUGGCUCAACUUAAACUUUGGCUCAACUUACCCCACUCUCCCCUACUCUCAGUAUCAGAUCAGUUCACUGUCCUGCACAGAGACGAUUACAUUUCCUGCACAAAACUGAGCCCCCUCUCAAAGCCCAGAAUCAUCUGCUGAGAAUCUUCUUUAUUCAUAGAUUUAAUUCGAAUAGAGUAUACCCCAAGCACAUUUCUAACAACCUUGAAAGAUAAAAGUCUGCCUCUUAAAGGCUUAAAUUUGUCUAACGUGACAGCCCAGUGUAAGCCCCCUGGUUUGGCUGUGGCUGUGUUUUGUCUUUGUGCAGAGAGCUGAUAAGUAAGCUCAUCUCAAGCAGCCAGCUGCUUUAUUGCCUCUGCUCUGGUCCCAGGGUGUCAAAAGCUUUAUUGGACAAACAACAACAACGACGACAAACACUGGAGAAUCUAUAUAACAAGCUUUAGCUAUAUAACAGCAGGAAAACUGAAUGUUCUCUCCAGGUACUUUUAGAUUAGGCUAUUUUUUUAAACAUGGAGACAGCAUCCAGCACAUAACUUUGACUACCUGUUUGAGCAUGUCUCAUUGUUGUUUUUGAAUGAUUUUUGGAGUAAAUCACUAAGCCAUCUAUUGAAACCAUUGUGUUUGGAUAAAAAUGAAAAGGGGAAAAAAAGUGCUCACAUUGUAUGAAGUGCAUUGCUUUUAAAAAACUGUAAUUUUUUACUCUUUUGAGGGGUUGAUAUGUGUUUUGAGUAAACAGAGAAGCUAAAGAUAACUGCUGUAUUUACACACAAGCACAAAGAAGCUAUAGGAGGUGUUGUUCGUUCACAUUUACCUGGUAUGUUUGAAACUGUAGAUCCGUAAAAACCAUCACUCUGUCACCAUCCUCGUCUGUUGUCCUGCUUAAAUGAAAUAAACUUCACCAAAAUAUCAUAAGUUUAAUACAGCUCUCAGAGUAUGUCACCUACCCUUCAUCUUGUUUAGUAUGUCUUUUAUCCAUCUUAUUUUUAUCAAAUUCUGCUCUGCACAUUUUACAUUACCUACUACUUAGCUCUCACCCUAUUAAUAGACUGUCAUACCAGGGCAAUGACCGAGACACAGCCCAUACAGUGCUAUCAGAAACACUGUACAGGACAGACAAGGGGGGAAUAAAAAUCACCUUUCUGGGUAUUUCUUUCUUCAGGGAAGCUAAAGGUUGCCUUUGUUUUGGGACAUUGUCUCUGAGCGAACACUGUCUAUGUCAAUUCUUUCACAGCUUUCCACUUACACCCAUCAACUGACACUGACAGUGUAUUGUCUAUUGCCUGUAAAAGCAUGAAUGCAAUGCGAGCCCAACAAGAGACGUGCAUUGCAGGUCAUUUUACUACUUCCAUUAUUCAGUUAAACUGCUAAACAUGCUCCGCAUUGUCUCAAGAAAUGCUGAAUGAAGUAUCCUGCUCAUUGACAGUGAGAGACUCUGUUUAUGGUGCUGAAGACACAGUUUUUGUUUGCUUGUUUUUUGAGAAAUUUGUAUGUUUUUAUAUGCUGCAGUAGCAUCAAACAUUUAAGGCCAGAUUAUGAGUACUGUUUUUCUUUUGAUUGGGUGUGUGGACUUGGUAACUUGUGUAGGGUAUACAGCUAUUUCUGUCUUUUUUUUUCUGUCAGAAUUUGUAAUACCAGGGCUCAAAGAAGCUGUUCCCCCAUCCUGUUGAACUGAUUCUAAGUAGGUCAAAGCACCAGAGAAAUCUGAGAUUUACUAACAGGAAAAUGAAGAUACUCUGUGACUACUCUGUUGAACAAGGCUACAGGUUGCCUGUGUGUGCCUCUGGGUGAAAAAUUAAAGCUUGUUGGUUUCACUGCUUUGAAAUCUUAAAAAACAAACAAACACAUAUUUGCAAAAAAAUAUCGUGCAGAGAUUGCCAAUGUAUGAUCUUGUUUUGUUUGUGUGUUUUUUUAUCUUCCUGUCUUAUCUCUUUCAUUUCUUCUUUUGAGAAGAUGUUGUCUGAUUUCACUUCCUCUGUGUUGUAGAGCGAGCCAACCUGCCGAGGAACAUGAUUGAGAACAGCAUGUUUGAAGAGGAGCCUGAUGUCGUGGAUCUGGCUAAAGACUCCUCUGCUUUUCCGGUAUGCUCAUGUUAAGUUAUCUUACUGUGGGCAUGCUGUGCACGUCUUCAUUUCAAGGACCAGUCUGGUUUGAUAUCUUGCAUGAAUCAGAAUGCAGAUUUGCAGCAGUCUGCACACAUCCUACAACUGCUUUCAUCUUCAAGACCAGUAAUUUUAAGCAGAUCAGAGCCUUGUACCUAAAUAAACUUCAGUUGAUUAGAGGUUGACUCACUAGUUUGGUUAGUAUUUCAUGCUUAACUGCAUGCUCAUUGGUCUGUAUAUAAAAAAAUAUAUCUAUCAUCUUUUGCUGUCUGUAGACAUGGAGGGAAAGAACUUUGAGUGAAAAAAAAUCUGUGCAUGAAGAUAACACUGGUUGGUUUAUAUGUUACAGUAUUAAUAUUCUACUCUUCAGAGCCACCCUGACCCACUUUCUUAUCCAGCUUCUGUUGAAAAUCCAUACUGUGCCAUAAAUCCUCAUAAAAAAGGUCUACGGGAUAUUAAGUUUCCCUCUCAGUCACUACUUCCUCUAUCCUUUCUGCCAUUAUUUUUCUAAUUUAACUGUUAUCUCAGUGCUGGUCUUUGUUUACAUCUUGUCCCUGGCCUCAUUAUUUUCCCUGAUUGCUGCCUCUGUUCCUGCUGCAGAGGCAGCAUCUCCACACAUCUAACCCAAUGCUAAUGAACUAACCUGUGAGGGCGAUCAAGUUAUUAUCAUUAUAAAGGACACACUGCAUGCCUGCACUGAAAACGAACAGAAAACACUGUACAUGUUCCCUCUAGACGUUUCCUGCUCUUGACCCAGAUGAAGUGGCAUAUGAGCCCCGCAGCUCACGGUUGCUUGUGCGUGGCCUGGGAGAGAAUGACAUGGACGAGGAUGAGGAGGACUGCGAGUCCUCGGCCCGUUUGCUGGGAAUGUCCUUCAUGAACCGGAGCUCAGCGCACAGAUCUAACUCCUCCCCUUACACGAGACAAGCUCCUCCCAGGUAAUUCACUGAAAAAGAGAUUGUUUUUGACAGUUUUUCUGCAUUUUGGGAUUCCGUCCCAAAUCAGUGCUAUAGAAUUAUUUAAUAUUUUUAAUAUGAACACGGUCAGAAGAGAUACAUGUGUGGAUUUUAGAUUAGUUUCAUGUCUUCCAUGUCCUCAUAUUUAGCAAAUAUCCAUAAACAAUCACAAAACGACCUGUAGUGGUGAUGUUGAACCCCUUAGACUUACUCAGAAGUAUUUCUUGUCAAUCAUAUAGUAUGUGUCUCCAAAGUCUGGUCCAUGAAAAUGAGCCAAUUCAUUUUAACUGAGAUGACCAAAAUUGUUCAAGUAGAUAAGUGCUGGAAAGUUUACAUAUUAUUUCAAUAAAGCACAUAAUUUCUCUGACAGCAAAGGUCCCUCUUAAAACAUGACAAACCCUUUCUAUCUCACAAUCACCAUAUAAUCUAUACAAACUUCAACACGUACAACAGCAGUAAUAGUUAAUGCCGUCAGUAAAUUAGACCAAAUGUGAUGCAGAUAAAAAUAUAUCCGAACAUUUAAUGAAAGGGUUUUAGCUGUUCAGCUGCAUGUUGAGUAAUUCAGUGUAAAACUCUUUUUUGUGUCUCAGAUCUUGCUCACGACCCUCAGCACGUACCAUGGUUGUCUGUGUGUUAUUCCUGGUGAUAGUGGCCUCCAUGACCAUGGUACUCUACUUCUUACCUGGAUGCACGUUCACCAGGGUAAAGAAUAUUGACUCAUUCUGUUCAGAUUUUCCUGUUAGCUUGUUUAAACAUGGCUGCUUGAGCUGAACAUGACUCAUUCAACACCAUAUGUCAACAUCUCUGCCAGGUUAUUGCUCUUUCUAAUAUCUCAUUGUCCCAGCUAAAAUCAACCCUUUUUUUUCCCCACCUACAGGCAGGUUGUCGUAAGCCAAACAAGACUUCUCCCUUAGAGCCCAUCUACCCUGUGUCUACAAACGGUGAGCUGUUUCCAUGGACACAGUACCGGCUGCCACACAGCAUUCAUCCUCUGAGCUAUGACCUCACCCUGAACCCCAACCUGGACAGUAUGACCUUUACAGGCACGGCGGUUAUCAGCAUGUCAGUGCUUCACAACACCAAAGUGAUUGUCCUGCAUAGCGCUAACCUUAACAUCACCAAAGCCACGUUCAAGGUUUGUGCACUGAUGACCCAGAGUAAGUUAAGAGGUAUUAGGAUGAAUUGUUUCUUCAGUGAUGUCUACCUGUCUCCGUGAACAUUUACUUUUCAGCUUGAAAAUAAUCGUUUGCUGGACUGAACUUGUUUUUUUUCUGUAGUUAUUUGCCAACUGUGAACUCAUAUUAUAUCUCCUUCCAGCUGGGAGGUGGAGAAACCAGGGAUGUGACUUUACUGGAGUACAAGCCCAGGCAGCAGAUAGCUAUUAAGUUCUCUGAGGAGCUGAAGGCGGGACAGUCCUGUGUUCUGACCCUGGAGUACUCUGCCAACCUGUCACACACCUAUGAUGGUUUCUACAACAGCUCGUACAGUGAUAAAGAUGGAAACAAAAGGUACAUCUGACUGCGUUUGGUCUGUCUAACAUUAUCAGUCUUCACAACUGAUCUUUUUGUCUUUCAUUCAAUUGGAAAACCAGAUAUAAAGUAAACAGUACCUACUGCUGCCUGUGUUUCUUGGAAAAUGCAUGUAAUGUGCCACUUUUGUACGCUCAUGUAGGCGCCUCUCUUAUCCUCAGGGUCCUCGCUGCAACCCAGUUCGAGCCACUAUCAGCCAGGAAAGCCUUUCCUUGCUUCGAUGAACCCUCAUUCAAAGCUACUUUCCUGAUUAGAAUCAGCAGAAAAUCCGAUUACAUGACUCUUUCCAACAUGCCCAAGGUAAAAAGACAUUAGUUAAGUUCUGGUUAAAGGUUGAUCACAAUUUCCUAAACGCCCCACACUAACUGUAGCCAAAGUGUUCCUGCUGAAAAAAAGCCCAGCUCCUAUUGCAGGCAGAAUGGUUUUAAAGAGAGAUGAAUGAAUGAAUGAAUGAAUUUUGCAAUACAAGACGUAUCAGCCCAGUGUAGAUUGUUUGUUCUUACCCUUGCUCUGGACAAAAGGAAGGCCGAAGCACACUUGCCAAAUGGUCAGAAAGGCGAGUUUGUUGGAUUUUCAAGGACCAAAUGUGACAGUAAAGGUAAAUGCCCCCUCUGUCAUCAAAAGAUGACAGUACCAAGUUAAGAAAUGACUUAGAGUUAUAUAUGUAUGUACAACUUUUUAUCCCUUGUGCCCCUGGUGCCUGUUCAAGAAAGCUGAUUUAUUGCAAACCCUGAGUCUCUCAGCCCUGAAAUGAGAAACUCUGGCCUGUCUGUCUCGAAGAGAGGGGAAUCAAAACCUGAGAGAGGACGGUUUACUGAAGCUCUGAGUCAGAAACUGUGAUCAGUCUCCUACAGAAUGAGAAACACAAUUUCAUUUACUCAGUCACUGAUUGAGUCUGUUUCAUGUGCGUGUUGAUAUAAAUUGAGCAGUUAUCUGAGUAAAAAUCUGGGUGUUUUUGUUCGGUCUGUUGGACAUUCUAGCCCAUAUAAGCACUCAUGUUAAUCUAAUCAGCGCCAAUCAAUCAAUUAAACAGGAUAUUAGUGAGAUGAUAUCAUGUGUUUGAAAACAGCACUGUACUGAGGAUAAAGUUAAUAACCAUUGAAGUAACAACUUGGCAAUAUUUACUUUCAUAAUUCCACUAUGAUCAUAGUGGUGUUCCACCGUGAGCCAAGUAUGCCCACCACCCACCUGUCUGGAUUAUGUUUUUACAUCUCAUUUUCGGCUGCUUCCAAGUUCUCUUCACACUCACUAAAUUACCCCUAAAUGAAAAUAAGUAUUUGAUUUAACACCAUCCCACCUGCUUCUUUCUGUGAUAUUAUGAGCAUGAUGUAAUAUUAAUUAGUGGACUCAAUGAAAACUUGGUAUUUACUCAGUCAUUUUCUCCCACACUGCGUCUUUCUCUUGGGCCCCUACAGCUGUGUUACUCUUUUUCUAAAAAUAUGUUCAUCCUUGCCGGAUGUAAGCAGAAUUUCUAAUCCCACAGGGGUGAAGUAAACUGACCUCUUUUUGUCGCUUGUUGCCAUGGUGAGGCGUACCUCUGUAGCUCCAUUGAUGUUGUCUUUUUAUAGUCCUGGUGCAUGUGCUGAUUACCCAGUGAACCUACUUAACGUUGAUGAUCGAUCACAAAUCAGCUGUUCUGAAACCAGAAACUCAAAUUUCCCAUCUGAGAGUAAAUCAGUUCAGGGGUUCAGGGUUUGACUCUGACUUUGUUGGACCUCUUGUCUGAAACAGGCUCUCGACAAAGACCCCAAAUGUAUGGUGUUUGUAGCCUAGUUUAUGGAGACAGCAUGUUUUUUGCCCCCGGAGGAAAUGCUUAGGGGGUCUUCGUGUGCUCAAAGGAUUUUGAAUUCAGUAGGUUAGGAUGUUUUGAAUUUGGUAAAGAGUUGAAGUGCUUGACAUCUAGAUUUGCAUUUUCAAACCACAGCACUGAUGUAAACAGAUCCUAGACAACAUUAGCAACCAGGCAGUGGGAUAAAAAAAAACUCCUGAUGGUGUGGCAGAUCCAUUCCUGCCAUUUACGUUGAUGUAUUAGUCACUUGAGGCCUUUUUCAUACUCGGACAUAUGAUUGAAGAGUUUCCUCUGGUUGAGAUAUGAGUGAGACUAUUCGAUGAUCAGGGCAGUUCAUGUUGAAGGCCAGUGCUUCCAGGUGAGCAAAGUGUGUGAAAGGAAGCAACUUGUGUUUAGAGAUUUGUAAAACUGUGAUUCAGAAUGUUCCAAAAAAAGGGAUUUAGGGUUUUAGUGAUUGUGAAAAACUGUAAGAAGGUAAAGAAAUGUUUAAAUAAGGGAGUCAUUCAGUGAAGUUGGCCUGAAAAAGAUUGUGUCAGUGGUUACCAGUAUUAAUUCACCGCAGAGACCACAACAAAUGAUCUCAGGAAAAAUCAUUGUUUACAACCUUAGGAGAGGGUUGCCUUGAUCAGUAAAAUACACAACCUAAUUCCCUCCAAAUCACUGUCAUUUGGAUCUGCCUUGUUAUAUCAUUUCAUGUCAUAUGAGUAACUCAUGAAUCAGUCUUUUUGACUCGUGAUUUUGGUCAUAACUAAGCACAUGCUGGUUUUUAGUUGCAUUGUUUUAACACCAAAAGGAGAAGAUGAUGGUUAGUUGGUAACACGUCUUCAUUCUGUGUGUUUUAGGCUAAAACCACACAACUGCCCGAUGGCCUGAUGCAAGACGAGUUUGAAAGGACCAGUGUGAACAUGAGCACCUAUCUGGUGGCCUUCAUCAUCGCUGACUUCUCUCCAAACAGCCAAAAUGUCUCAGACACUCUGGUAGGUCAAGAACAGAUUAGACUUUUCCUUUAUGUUUUUUCAUGGUCAGUAAAUUUGUCUUGCUUCUGAUAAAAUGUCAACAUACGUAUGUGUCUGUCUCUUUAAGGUAUCUGUGUACUCUGUGCCAGAGAAGAAGGAGCACACUGAAUAUGCUCGAGACACAGGAGCUAAACUGCUUGAGUUCUACAAUGACUUCUGCGAAAUCAACUACCCCCUCAAAAAGCUGGGUGAGCACACACAGGAAGUUGCACCAUCUUUGAUCCUCUUUGCUGUUUUGUCAUCGCUUUCCUCUUUAUACACCUGAUAUAAUUCUCUUCUCCAGACUUGGUAGCUAUCCCCGACUUCCUGGCAGGAGCUAUGGAGAACUGGGGACUCAUCACUUUCAGAGAAACCAGCCUGCUGGUGGGCAAACAGUCCUCUCUUCUGGAGAAACAAGUAGUUGCCUCGGUCAUAGCACACGAGCUUGCUCACCAGGUAUCUGUGUUCAACUGCGUGUUUGUGGAAACAGCAGAUAGAGCGAAUAUGUUGCAGAGAAGUACUCAUCUAUCAUUGAUGUUGUUUUGCAGUGGUUUGGAAACCUGGUCACGAUGAGCUGGUGGAAUGAUCUGUGGCUGAAUGAAGGCUUCGCCACAUACAUGCAGUACACGUCACUGCAGACAGUUUUGCCCCAGCUGGAAAUUGUAAAUUUGGCAUUAGGCCUUUAAAUAAACAUUAACUGAAUGGAUAAAGCUGUUUGUUUUAAUUUGUUCUAAAGCAGUGAUUCCUGUCUUUGUUUGCAGGGUAAUCUGUUCCUGUCAGUGCGGUUUAGAGCCUUAGACAAAGAUGCACUAAACUCCUCCCACCCUGUGUCAACGGAGGUUAAUUCCCCAGAACAGGUGGAAGAGAUGUUUGACUCUGUCUCUUACGAAAAGGUAAAACUUUAUGAAUGAUUUAUAGCUAGAUGCAUACAUAUACUGACCUCCACAGCUGUUGAAUAAUGGAAAAAAAAAACAUUUCUACUGUCAUUACACUUUGUUGAAUGUACAGUCAGUGCUUUGAUUUUUGUAUCAUCCCGGAUGCUUUCUUCCUCUGUCUUUCAGGGUGCGUCCAUUCUCUUGAUGCUGAAUGCCUCAUUGCCAAGUGAACAGCAGUUCAGGAAAGGCAUCAUUCAGUACCUGAAACAGUUCAGUGGAUUAAACGCAGACACCAAUGACCUUUGGAACAGCCUUACAGAGGUGUGUGUUUGGGCUUUUCUUGCUGCAGUGGACACAGGGAAUCCGUGGGGUCUAAAAAAGUCUUAAAUCGUCUAUAAUCCAAUAAUUUGAAUUUAAGGCCUUAAAGUGUCUAAAAUUCUCCUAAAAUCUCAUAAAAUGUCCUAAAUAAAAUUUGAAAGGUCUUAAAAAUGUAUUAACUCUACUUAAAAAUGAGUAACAUGCCGCAUGAAUAAAGAUUGGUUUGAAGCAAUAUAAAAUGUUCCGAUUUCCCUUCAUGUCUUUUGUACAUUUUUGUGCCAAUAUGGAUGUGAAAUGGGUCUUAAAUUGUAUUCAUUAUGGUCUUUAAAAAGUCUUAAAUUUGACUUGUUGAAACCUGCAGAGACCCUGGGACAGCAGUUGUAGCUUUCUGGCUACAUUUAGACUUUACUCUGCAAACUGUCAUCCAGUCAUUUUGCAUUAAUAUACUUGGCCUGAUAUCAGUUGCAUUUGACUAGCUGUGUUCUCUACUUGAUGUGUGCUGCUAGUUUAUAGCAAUUUUAUCUGUUAUCCUGUAUGACGAAUCUUUUUUUUUUAACUCCACAUACAGAUAUUGUAUUGUUUGUUUAUUUGCGUCUUUUAAAUCUGUUGACAUCUUAAUGUAAUAACCCACAUGGUGUUGACUGCACAGACUCUGAAUUUGUUUUCCUGUCCUCCUGUCCAGGUGGAAGUCUCAACACAGCACCUGAAUGUGUCAGAGAUGAUGAGCUCGUGGACAUCACAAAAAGGCUUCCCGUUGGUCACUGUGAGUCGUCAGGGAGAUCAGGUGACCUUCACACAGGAGCAUUUCCUGCUCACUUCUGACAAUGCAACGCAUACUUCCAGGUGAGUAAACUGAAACACUCAAACAGACACAUACAGAUCAUGGAAACACUGAAUAGCCCUGAUUGAGUUUUGCUCUCUCUUUAGCUUGUGGAAUAUCCCAGUGACAUAUGUAAAUGACAGCUGUAGUUUGGACCCCAACUGUCGACAGGUGUUCUCUCUGAAGACCAAGUCAGGUAAAAUGCAAAAAAUCUUGCUGAAACAUCAAGUCUCUGAGUCUGAGUCUCUAGCUCUGUGAGUUCUCACAUCUUGCGUGUGUGUGUGUGUGUUUAAAGGGACUUUAAAGAUUCCAGAAAGCGUGAAGUGGCUGAAGCUGAACUACAGAAACACAGGUUUCUACGUCGUCGACUAUGGAGAAGAGGGUUGGGCUGCUCUUAUGAACGCUUUGUCCAACAAUGUCAAUGUUCUUACUCCAGACGACCGUGCCUCACUCAUCCAUAACAUCUUUGCCCUCUCUAGGUAAAGCACACAACAAAAACUGAUUCCUUUUUACAAACAAUCUGCCACAGACUCGUUGAAGGUUAAGGAGAAUUGUCAGUCUCUGUAUUUAUCUUUAAAAAGUUUUCUUCUCCUUCUCCCCACCCCCUUUGUCUGAUGCUGAGGACAGACUGGGCCGUGUGUCUUUCCAUCAGGUCCGCAACCUGCUGAACUACAUGUCCAAUGAAACUGAGACGACCCCUGUGUUGGAAGCUUUGUUGCAGCUCAACAAGAUCAAUCGACUGCUCGACAAAAGAAUGGAGCAUGGACUCGUGGCACGCAUGAAUGUACACAAAAACACAGACACUCAAAUACAAACUUAGCCACACAAACGUAAUGUCAAAUUUUUCAUUCAUAUUCUUUUAUAUCUUUGCACCCCACUAAAGUUUUCACUUACAAAGAGAGUAGUGCUUUGGUUGGUAUUUUUGAAAUGAACUAAACUACAUGGUAGAGUUAAAGGGAUAUUCUGGUGUAAAAUUAAGUUAGGGUCAAACACACCGUAACACCGAGUUAGACACCCCGUUGACAGGUGAAUGUCACUAACCCUUACAGCAAUACAGAGAGCAAUGCGCUCAACCAAAACGCCACUCUAUAGCCACAAAUAAUGCUCAGAACAGCACCUUUUUGUUUGGUGGCUAGUCCUAUGGCUGGGACCCUAUAUGUACUGUUAGGUGCUGUUCUGAGCAUUAUUUGUGGUUAUAGAGUGGUGUUUUGGUUGAGCGCGUUGCUCUCUGUAUUGCUGUCUGCGGUCGUUACCAAAGUUGGUAUAACUAGAGAAGCAAGCGGUCGGCAACAUUCAUCUGUCAACGGGGUGUCUAACUCUGUGUUAUGAUGUGUUUGACCCUGAAUUAAUUUUACGCCAGAAUAUCCCUUUAAGCUGUCUGUAGCAGGUGAACGACCGCAGAUAGCAAUACAGAGAGCCACGCGCUCAACCAAAACGCCACUCUAUAGCCACAAAUAAUACCCAGAACAGCACCUGACUUAUCUGAACUACUUUUGAUAUGUUUUUAAAAAAUUAUAACUUGAAAUUACACAUUGUGAAAUUGUAUCUGCAAAGACAUGUUUUUGUUGUAUUAGUUUUUUUAUUUAUCCCUUAUACAACCCAUUGUUAUCAGGGCCCAGGCUCAUAUCCAAAGUCAAUGAAAACUUCAUUUAAGCUCUCUUUAUGUAGGAUUAUGUGUUCCCAGUGCAGUAAUACAUUCACUGAUGUGUUUGAUAACAAAUCCACGGUUUCUUUUUUCUUUUUUUUUGACAGAAAUAUAUCAAAGAUCAUUUUGGUUCCCUGAUGGACAAACAAACGUGGAAAGAAGAGGAGGGCGUGUCCAAACAGGAGCUGCGUGCAGCACUGUUAGAGGCGGCUUGUAAUCUUAACCAAGGAAAUUGCACUCAGCAAGCCAAAGCCCUGUUCCAGAGUUACGUGGAGUCCAACCUGACAUUACGGUGUGUAGAAUUCACUAGAGACAUUUUUAUUAUUUCAGCCACAGUGACAGCAGUCUGAUCAGGAGACGCAAGCAUCUUUAUGGUGAUUAAAUCAUCUAAGUAUGAAAAAGAAGCAGACGGGACUGUAUUAUGAUGUAGAUUAAAUCCUCCUCUUGGAUGUACGAAGUGGCUCAUUAAGCCUUUCUGCUUUGUUUGGUUUUUGGAUGAAUUUAGAGUUUGUUUAUUUCUGUGUUUGUUUGUUUGUGUCUGUAUCUUAUGAUACAAAUAAAUCAAUAAAUAUAAAGUUAGAAAAAACACCUUGGUAUGAUGUAGGGGAGCAAUUAAAUUGCUUUGUGUUUGUUAGCAUCCUUUGAGGAGUAGGAAGUCAAUACAAAUCUGCUGCACUGAUUUUUUUUCAUUUGCUUGUGUCUUUUUAUUUUUGUAUAGGAUCCCAGGGGAUCUCCAGCAAGUUGUGUUCACUGUGGCUGCUCAAUCUGACGAAGACUGGGAGACGUUGCUUGACUUGUAUGCUCAUGUCAACUUUGAUGCGGAGAAGCGAAAUAUGCUAAGAGGCCUGGCAUCCACUCAGGACGCACGGCGAAUAGUCUGGUAAGUGUUUGUCCCUCCUCCGAGCCAGGAUCAAACCUCAGGUCCUCCCCCAACAGUGGCUCUGGUUUGCAGAAUCAUCAGUGUGACUUGUGGUCAUAAGCACAGAAAAAGGUCCUUUGUAAAAUUAAAACAAAACAGUUGGUCUUCAGCCUCUGAUUCGGUAUUGAUUUCCCCUUAAGUUCACAAGCACAAGCAAUGCCACUGUAACUAAGACCUUGACUACAAACACUUAAAGGUUGAAUAGAAGUUUGAUAUUCUCUGUUAGAUAUGAUUUGAAUAAAGACUAUAUGGUUAUAUUAUUAUGUUAAUGUUAAUAGAAAAAUUUAUUUUCUCUGCAGGAUCCUACAGGCAGGCCUGAGGGGAGACAUCAUCCAGUCACAGGAGCUACCUCUGGUCAUCAACACUGUGUGCAGGGGCUUCACUGGCUAUUUGUUUGUGUGGAAUUUUAUACAAGACAACUGGGACCAACUCAUUGAGAAGUAAGUGGCUCUCAGCCUCAACCUCAUUGAGACCAAGUCUUAAAGGGAUAUUCAGGCGUAAAAUUAAUUUGGGUUCAAACACACUGUAACAGAGAGAGAUGAAUGUUUCCGACCGCUUGCUUCUCUAGUUAUACCAACUUUAGUAACAACCACAGGAUAGCAAUACACAGUGGUCUGAGGAGCCACACACAAACCUCAACUCUAGCGUCACUCUAUAGCCACAAAUAAUGCUCAGAACAGCACCGAACUUCAUCAACAGUACAUUUAGGGUCUUAGCCACAGCACUAGCCACCAAACAUCUUUUUAACUUUGACUAAUUUCUUUAACAAAGAGACUAAACACAACUCAUCAACUGUCUUCCAGCAGCCGCUUGUUUGUAGCGAGACCUUGGGUCCAUUACGGACUACAGCGGGGUGCCGCAGCUCAAGGAGAAACAUUUAUGAUCAUUUCUUUAUGGAAAUGAAAUCAGACCGAGACGCUAAGGCAGAAGAGCUACCGCAUCUGCAGUGCAAAAUGAUUAAUAUGAUGAUUAUUACUUCAAGGAAAUGAUAAAGUAAUGAUCAUAAAUGUUCUUCCUUGAGCUGCGUCACCCCGCAGCAGUCCGUAAUGGACUGGCCAGAGGUCUCACUACAAACAAGCAGGUGCUGAAAGAGAGUAGGUAAGUUAUAUUUAGUCUCUUUGCCAAAGAAAUCAGGCAAAGUUAAAAAGAUGUUUGAUGGCUAGUGCUGUGGCUAGGACCCUGUAUGUACUGUUGAUGAAGUUAGGUGCUGUUCUGAGCAUUAUUUGUGGCUAUAGAGUGGCGUUAGAGUUGUUUUUUUUUAUGGCUCCUCAGACCGCUGUGUAUUGCUAUCCUGCAGUCGUUACUAAAGUUGGUAAAACUAGAGAAGCAAGCGGUCAGAAACAUUCAUCUCUUGAGGGGGUGUCUAACUCAGUGUUAUGGUGUGUUUGACCCUGAAUUAAUUGUACGCCGGAAUAUCCCUUUAAGAUGAACCAUUGAAAAACAUCUGUGUUCGUCUGUGUUUGUGUCUGUAGGUUUCCUGUGGGCUCCUUUGCUAUCCAGUCAAUCAUCAAAUCUGCCACCUCCCAGUUCUCCACACAGGCACACCUUAAUCAGGUAUAGUACAUUUCACAUUGUUUACUAAUGCUGCAGUGUAUGUCAGGGCGGUUUGUAGAGUAGGUACUUUGUGUUUACUGAUUAAUUCAGCUCUGUUUGUCAGGUCUGAUUUGACUAAAAAUGUUUCUUAAUGUGUAUGCCUCAUAGGUUGAGAGUUUUUUCUCCAGUCUAAAGGAGCGCGGCUCUCAGAUGAGGAGCGUACAGGAAGCUUUGGAAACCAUCAGGCUAAACCAGCGCUGGAUGGAUGAGAACCUGCCCACACUCCAAAACUGGCACUGAAAAAAGGCGCUCCAUUUAGUCUCCACCCAACUUCCAGGCAGCCAGGGCAUGUCGACAAGACAGCAGCAGCAGGGUUUGCACUAUCGUAGGAGUAUGUCUGUUAACUUUCUUUUCCCAGGAUAGAGUAGGAAGGUCAGAUGUCAUGCUCUACCAAGGUGGAAAAGAUGUUUGGUUUUUUAAGGUUGGACCUGUAAGUUGUGUUCUUAGCUCAGGGUGUCUCUGACAGGAAGAGGUCAGAUAUGUACAUGCACUCCUCACACCUCAUGCUUUUGACCAAACCUGCACUCUGCAGCUUUUAUCUGGUCGUCAAGUCUGAGUAGACAAUCAUGCUUCAUCCACACUCCCCUCCCUCAGCCUGCUCUGAGUUUCUCAGUCUGUAUGAGGUGUUGUGCAAAGGCCACUUUGAAUAAAACAAGCGUGAAGAAUUUCAACAUUAAAGCCCUUGAAAGAUUUGUCAGUCACUCCUGAACUCUCUCAGCUGUCAGUCAAAUGUAAAAGCAGCUGUCAGAUCCCCUAGCCAUGAGACAUUAUCGGUACAUGAGAGACAGGAUUUUUAUGACCUUGUUUUGUUAUCUUGUUAAAUUCUGUGUGGAAACAAAAGCUGCCCGCUCUUCUGAACUCCAGUUACUCAUGCAGCCUGAAGCAUUUCUUGUAUCUGUCAUGGCUGGGCUAGAGGAUUGGUUGCUUGAUUGAUAGCGUAAAAUACCAAAUCUGUUUUUGCCAUCAGUUGAAUGUACUGAAAAACAGCUCCACUGUGUGUACAGUAGAUGGCGUACUGCACUACAGUGCAGCUUCAAAUCAACCAUUGUGUCUUAGGAGAAAGCAGGCAUUGCACACUGGAGCCAAAUAGUCAUUUUUCCUUUCUCUAAACCUGGUUGAGCUCUAAUCUACAAGAUUGAUCUGCUUUUCACCUGCAGUGCAGUUGCUGUAUAAACUGGUUGUUUCACUCUGUUUGCUUGUAAACUUGUAAUUAUCAUGUAAAUAAGCCUAACCCCCAAACUUUCCCAUGUGUUUUUCAAUGUGUUGUUUGAAAUAUCUUUUAAUAUUUAAAGAGUUUAUGAUUUUUGUAUAUAGAGUGUAAAGAGGAAAUGUAAACAAAGACUUGAUUGAGGUCAAAUACCUUAACUGUAUUUCUUGUUGAAGACCUCCUCAGGGGGUCAUCCACUGAUGAAUGUGUCAUUCAAGGGCUAAUGUGCAUAAUGAAGAUACAAAUUACACAGAGAAACAUCUGUAUUAGAUGUGGCUAAUCUGUCCAGAUAGCUUUUGUUUAUCAGCUGAAUAAAAUACUGAAAGUCUCCAGUAUAAAUUGGCAGCAUCACUCCUCAGAAUGAAGAGAGAGGUAUUCAUGAAGCAUUUAAACAUGUCUUGUCCAGUAAUGUUCAGAAUCUUUGUUUUUACAGAGUUGUAGUUCAGUUUCAGCUCUGUUUGAACUGGCACUUUGAGAUCUUCAUGAGAUUUGAAACUGUUGUUUUUAAUAGUGUCAUCUAAAGCUUCUUUGUCUUUUGUGUGGAAGAAACUAUUUGCUGGAUUUUCCAGGUCAUUAAAGAUACAAAAGCAGCACACAACAGCAGAGUGUUGAUACCCCUGGCUUGGUCAUACUUUCCUCUGAUCAGGGUCCAGGAAAUCACACAGGUCAUGUGUUUGGUGCAGCUCUGGUGGCUCUUUGUGGUUUUGUCAAAGCAGUGCAAAGAGGGAAGGGAUCCAGGAAGGGACAAAAAAAGUAGAAGGGAAAAUAAACUAUUUGUGGCGUGUAUAAGAAGCAUGACUAUCCACGGCUUCUCCAGGUCAAGAGUCAGACAUUGAGUGAGCACCAGACAGAGGAUUGUAAACUCCAAACCGGGGGAGAGAAACUGUAUUGAAGAGUGUGUAAGACUUAAAUGUCAUUGCCUUCUACCAGCCCACCAAAGUUUCACAAACGGCGUGAAGAAAAUGUUUAACUGGUAUUUGCUUUAAAUAUACUUCCACAACUCACGUCCUGGUCCAAUAUGACUUACAGCUUUAAUGUGAGAACAGGUCCUUUUGUCCAGUUUCUAGUAUCACUUCAGUAAAAACUGCUCCAUCAAUGCUGUGGUACUUUGCUCAUCUUAUAUCAGUGAGAAAAUAACUGCGUUAUGUGAUGGCAGUUGUUGAUGUCAUUCAGGCACAGGGUCCAGUCAGAGGCGGGUUUGUCAUCAGAUCGCAGUAAAGUACCACAUAUGCAGUGAAUCCAACCAGAUCGUUUUGGCACUGGGAUGAAAUGCUGCUGAUGCUUAUGAAACUGUGCUGCUCUUUAUGUGAACAAAAUAUAAAUAAAAGUUGUUUUCUGAAGAUGUUGAAUUUAAUUUUUUUCUUCUUUAAUUAAAAUCCAUAAACUUGUA